AUGGCAUCUCGAUUUGCAGCUGGCCUGUUCGGCCGUAACUUGACCGCUUCCGUCGGUCGUGUGCAGAAGGCGGGCGGUGCCGUCCGCCGUCUGGCUACGGCUGCUGGCGAGAACGAGUGGCUCGCCGAGCGCGCCCACCACAAGGAGCACGCUGGAAAGUCUGCCGACCUCUGGCGCAAGGUCUCGCUCUACGUUUGCAUCCCUGGCUCGAUCGUGCUGGGCGUGUACAUCUACGGCAUCGAGAAGCACCACUACGACCACAUUGUGCACGAGUACCACGAGAACGACAACCAGCCGCCCGAGCGCACCUUCUACGAGUACAACAACAUCCGCAAAAAAGCCUUCCCCUGGGGCGACGGCUCCAAGAGCUUCUUCCAUAACGACAUGAUCAACUACGCUGUCUCGCCUUAA